AUGCCACAGGUAUGGCGGUCCAUUGCACGCCCAUGUCGCAUCGUCGCUCGUCGUCGCCAUCCUGCCCCUGCACGACACUUCCACUUGUCACGCCAAUGGCGCUCGAUGCCAUCCAAUGAUCCCCAUAAGGGAUCUACGCCAUCUUCCGACUUAGGAGAUGUUGUGGACAACUGUCAAUCACCCUCUGCCAACGAUUUCCUGGCGAAUACUGGCUCUCAGGCAACUACUGUCGAACAGACCGGCAAGCCUGUCUCGAAGCCAUACGGAUCUGCCGUUCGUAGGGCCAUGAGAAACAGACAGUCCGACCAACAACAGCAACAACAAAAUGCCUCGCUGACCGCGACGCUUCCCAGCUGGUUCCAGAAGCGGAAUACAGUGACCGGGAGCCCUGAUGGGCAUGCACAAUUCCAGUCUCAGGUCGAGAUCAGAGGAUCGAAGUCGGACUCGAAAACGGAUAGCACAACACAUGGGGAGUCGGCACUUGGUGGUGGAGGAGAAGACCCUUCGACUGCAGGCGAGCCAUCUGAAUCAGAUACCCGAUAUGCCGUUGCGGAAGCUUCAUGGGAUGAAUUGCGUGCCUCAGUCAAGGCGGGUCUGCGACUGCCACCUUCGCAAUACGCGGGGGAACCACAGGCCAAAAAAUCGCAUCUGGUUCUUCAAUAUCCUGGAAAUGAUGGUAUCCUGUUCUUGAAUGCGGUGGUUCAGCGACUUGCGCACGAGCUGAAUGCUGAUCUCAUUACCCUCAAUGCCCAGGAUAUUGCUCAACUUCUCAGCGAGCAAGAUUUUGCAGAGGCUGGUGCGACCUCCUCGAUCCGCUCUCUCGGUUACGAAGUCCACAGACCUCCUGUCAUGGCCUGGCCUGAACCCAACGAGGGCGAAGGAGAGGGGGACGAGGAUAUUGCUGAAAUUGGAGGCGCCCAGGGCUUGCGCCCUGAAGUGAGCACCCCUCGUUUCAUCACAAUCGAGGCCACUAGAGAUUCCGGUGAUAUCCCGCUACCUAAUUGGCUAGGGCUGAAGUCGCUUGUGGCGUCUAUCAAUGGUCAGUCGGACCAGGAUCCAGGCAUGUCGCGAGGCUCUAGCCAGCGCCUAGAGGCGCGAUGGGUUCGCCUUCUGAAUGAGAUUCUUUCUUCGCCAAAUCAAUCAAUUCAAGCGAUCCCUCAGGUAACAGAGGAGACUUCUGCACCUGAGACAGAUGCGAGCAAAACCAUUUUGUCGCUAGAUACCAUUGUCCAUAUACAAGAUUAUCGCGAUAUUCAGAGCUCAAGAGAAGGCGCUAGAGUUAUUGCGCUCCUACAAAAGGUCAUCCAAGAUCGGCGAAGUGCAGGUUCGAGGUUACUGCUUGUGGGCAGUACGUCUCAGGAGCUUCACCAUUCCCCUUCCCUGGAUGGCUCAAAAAUACUGCAAAAUGUCUUUGAUGACAACUUCUCCAAGACUUUGAUGAUCACCCCAGCUAUGGAAUCCAAAACUGUCGAGCAGACGUUUGCGGAGGACCAAAAGAGCCGAACAAUGGAUAUCAAUAUCCGUCACCUACAAAACAUGCUACGCUAUCGGAUCAAUGAGACAUCGUCUGUGAAGGAUGACAUAUUUGGCGACCGUGCUUGGCCGCUAGAUGCGCUCACUAUCAAGCAAUCUGGUAUCAGGGAUCGUUUUUGGUCCUACAACCAGGUGCACUGGGUUGCAACCCUUGCCCUUGGCAGCGCAGAGUCCAACGAGCCUCUCAGUUUUGAACAUAUUAGACGUGGCAUUGAGCUCAUGGAUCGAGGAGAUCGAGUCACAAGCGAUUGGUUGCAUGAAAAGUCACCCAAGCAGGCGGGAUCUAGCAAGGGGCAGAGCCGAGAGCAACUCCUGGCCUCUCUGCGUAAGACUUGCAAUGCCCAUGAGAAGAAAUUGCUCAACGGCGUUGUCGAUGCAAAAAGCCUCCGCACCACUUUCGCUGACGUGCAUGUUCCGCCUGAGACUGUUGACGCUCUCAAAACUUUGACUUCGCUGUCUCUUAUUCGCCCGGAAGCUUUCACCUAUGGUGUCUUGGCUACCGACAAGAUCCCCGGCCUCCUGCUUUAUGGACCUCCUGGUACCGGUAAGACGCUUCUGGCCAAGGCUGUUGCGCGUGAGAGUGGAGCGACCGUGCUCGAGGUGAGCGGAUCCGAAGUGUAUGACAUGUACGUCGGUGAAGGAGAGAAAAAUGUGAAGGCCAUCUUCACGUUGGCGAAGAAGUUGAGCCCGUGUGUUGUUUUCAUCGACGAGGCAGAUGCCAUCUUCUGCUCGCGCACCGGUGCUAGCAACCGCACCUCUCACCGCGAACUCAUCAAUCAGUUCCUGCGCGAAUGGGAUGGAAUGAACGAUAUGUCUGCAUUCAUCAUGGUGGCCACCAAUCGGCCUUUUGAUUUGGAUGAUGCCGUUCUGCGCCGUCUCCCUCGCAGACUGCUUGUGGACCUUCCGACCGAGGAGGACCGUCUCGCUAUUUUGAAGAUCCACCUGAAGGGCGAACAGCUCGAACCCUCGGUCGAUCUAGUCGACCUGGCCCGGCGUACCCCGUUGUACUCCGGCUCUGACCUGAAGAACUUGUCAGUGGCUGCGGCAUUGGCGUGCGUACGCGAGGAAAACCAAGCCGCGGCCCAGCAUCAGGGCGCGGAGCCUUAUAAAUAUCCAGCCCGUCGCACUCUUACCAUAGCCCACUUCGAGCGUGGAAUGGAGGAAAUCAGUGCCUCUAUUAGCGAAGACAUGUCCUCUCUGGCCGCUAUUCGAAAGUUCGACGAACAAUAUGGCGAUCGCAAGGGUCGGCGUAAGAAGAGUCCCGGGUGGGGCUUCAUUUCUCCAGCCACAGAAGACUCUACGACUGACACCGCGCGUGUCCGAACAUGA